UGUGUUCACGAAGCCACACCAAACCUGCAAAAGAACUUGUCGUCAUGACGACGCAGUGUUGGAUCUGCAAGCAGUAGAUGAAAAUGCGGUCGCACCUCCGGCGAAUCAGCCCCGCAGCGUCGCAAGGAGUGCCUCCAUCGACUUGGACCUAUUCUACUCCGCCGCAGGUGGUCGGAAAGCCCUUAACGAGAAAACACACGGCAGCUCCGCAAGCGCUAGCACUUCUACAUUGGCCACAGUUGCGAAGCGUGUCGGAGGAUUGGCGAACAAGGUGAAAAAGGUACCUAGAGGUGGCAGUGCGAGCAGUCUGGAGGAAGACAUGCUGCAGAUAGAAGCUUUGGAGCAAGAAGAAAAAAGAUCGAAGGUCAAGACGAAACCCACGUACAUCAUCCCAAGGGGUGAGCUAAUCAGGCGAAGGUUUGAAGUGGAUCAGACGGUGUUGCUGAUCUCCAACCGGUUUGCAAAUUACCACCGAGCGGUGGUGAAGGAGACGGAGCGGGAGCUGACUUUGUCGGACAGGUUGAGCAAACAAGUAGAUUCUAGUACUACUUUAGGAUCAAAUCUGAUGCAACCCGCCAAGAAGCAAAUCUGGACUCUCGACGCGGAACUGGCGCUGCAGAGUCUGGAAAAAUCCAUCGUGAAGACCACCGCUGAGCAGAAAAAGAAGCGGGAAUCGGAGGAGAAGGAGCGCCGGAGCGUUCGGGCGUUGUACAAAAAGCGGCAUCGGGGGAUCAUGGAUGUUCAGAACGAGGUCGUGCAAGAAACGAGUUCGAGUGACGAAGAACAUGAUCCGGACAGACGAUCAUCCUCACAGCAUCGUCCGGUGAAGCGGAGAAGCACCGCUAGUACUCUCCACUCGACAAAUACGCAAGAGACCGGAAGGGAAAGCGGAAUGACGAGACUCACAAGAAUCAGCGCAGCGUCGGAAGGCACGAGUGGUGCUUUUACCGAAUUUGGCGCUAGCAAAAUCCCGCAUUGCAGCAAUCGACUGGUGUUGGAAUUGGUGGAAACGAAGGAAAUUGUGGAUACCGGGCCGUUGGAUUUGGUUUUGCCCUUGUCGGAAGCUUUCGCAGUGCAGCCUUCGUCCACGGGAGCGGGUAGUAGUAGUGGAGCUCUUUAGCUUGAAAAACUCGAAAUGAUCCACCAGAUGAACCGUCUUUAUUCCAAGAUUGUUACGCUAACCAUGCCAAUGCCUAGCUUUUCUUUACAGUUUGCGUGUGUACGAUUUUUCCUCAAUUACGAAACUUUCUGUAUGAAACUCCCUUCGUGUAGGAUUGUUGUACUCCAAUAGCAGAAACAAGAAAAAAGAAAAAACAACCGCCCACCUGUGUCAACAUUCUAAGUUUGCAAC